AGUAGUAAUACUUGCUACUUCAUUCAUACUUUAGUAAUUUAUAAAAAUUUUUAAGAAAUUCACACAAAAAAAUUUAAUUUUUGGAAUGUGCUGGGAGACGCGUCUUGUACUGCCCAAAAUCGCAGUAAUGAUCUUGAUAAUCCUUAACGGAGCAGUAGACUCCUUUGAACUAUGCCGAAGCAGUACAUUGGUAAUACAAGUGAGUGCGAGUCCCCAUUUCGCCUUUUGUGUCGUAAGUUUCGUCACCAAUGGGAUCAUAAUUGGUUUUUCCUUUAUCGCCAUUAUUGGAAUUAUCCUUGAAAAAAUGCUUAUGUUGGAAGUUUUUCUGGUGGCCAUAAUAAUACAUUGUUUUAGUAAAAUGGUCGUGUGGGUUGUUUGCGGAAACUAUCUGGAUAAAGUGGAUCCCCGUUUUGAUCACCGCUUGUUUGAAAUCGGAUUGAUUACGACGUUGCUUACCCUUUAUUUCGCCUCGCGUUUGUGGAUGCGAAUCUGUGACAUUCAAAGGGGAUGAUUUGUGGAUGCGGAUCUAUACGAUUUAUGGAGAUUUAUUUCAAAGGUCUGUAAGGAAAAACUUAACGAAACUCCAACCAUUCCACUUUUUAAAUUUUUCUUUUAAAAUUCAUAUUUGGUAAUUAAGCAAAAACGCAAUAUUUUUAAAUAAAGAUAAUAUAAUGA